GUCUCGCAAAACUCCAGAUCCUCUCUCUCUCUCUCUCUCUCUCUCACUCAACGACUCAAGAACAUCAUGCCAGAUCUCUCAUCAGAUGCCGUUUCAUGACAAGAUCAUUGAAGUGGUUCCGACACCUGAGCUCUGGUGGAGGAGACUAGGGUUUCGGCGAAGAUAAAGCCAUCGGAGGCUGAACCACCGGUGCAGGUAUCAUCUUCAUCAUCUAAACUAUCAUUGUUGGGAACAUGGAUGCCGUUUAUUGUUUACAAUUAGAUCCAUUGGCAGCUAUUGAACCAUCUUUCUUCAAGGUUGAAAACCCAAUUAAUUGAGAUGUACGAUAGAUUACCGGUCGGAGCGGUUGCAGGCGGAACAUAUCCAGCAAUUGGAGUGGAUACAACCUGGUUAAGAAACAGGGCUCGAAGGCGGUAUACCUUCCAUAAAAUGGUCUGGUGUAGAUGGAGAGGAUAAUGUUUUAAUUAUUGAUUUGCUAGGACCGAGUCUUGAGGACCUGUUUGUGUACUGUGGGAGGAAAUUUCAAUUGAAAACAUCUGUGUGUAAUUUAGUCGUUACGGUGCCUAAAUAUCGGCGAAACACUUCAGAUCUGCUUUUUAGAAGUUGAAUUCAUGUUUUUAUUGAAAUUUGUUGUUGUAAUGAACGCGAUUAGGUCAUUUGAAGCGAGAAUACCUAGGUCGAUUUGCUUUUGGUCUACAUGAUGUAUUGAGGGGUAUUUUAGAUCUAAAUGGUCAAAACAUUUUUUCAUUGAAUAAUCACGGAUACAUAAUCUGUUUACUGGAUGUAAUUUCUGUAGAAGCAAAUUUGUAACACUUUUGUUUGUUUCUUUUGGAUGUUACAGAAGACAGCAACUAUUGAUAGUACCGAACUUCAAAAGGGGAGUGAGCCCCCCAAUGAGUUUAUACAAGCCAAAAAGCAUUAUACUGAAGCUCUCAUUGACGGGCGAGUGCAUUUUAAACUUUUUGAUGACUACUAUGUCCAGGCCGGUGAGGGCGAAGAUAAUUACAUAUGCAGAGUUGUUGAAUCACUAGACCUUCAUGGCCACAUCGCCAAUAAUCUGUUUCUAUCAUUAUAUAAUGAAAUCCACCAGGAGAUUGCUGUGAUGGUAGUGACGAGUAUGAUGGCAAAACCAGGUGCAACAACACCUGUUGGGAGGCUGGAAAAGCAACAAGAGAGAAAAGGCCCGGAUUUGACCACCACAAGAAAGCCGGUGCCAUGAAUGCUUUGGUAUGAACUUAUCUUCAUAACUAUCAUGGAUUAUACUUUCAAAUUCAUUUUCUUGAUUGCUUUUAA